GAUUUCUUGUCCAUUUAGUUAACAUUUGUGUAUUUCAUCUUGAAUCUUUGUGAAUUUAAGUUCGAAAACUUGUAUUGUUGCCCUGUCCAUGCUUCAAAUUCCACCAAAAAUAUAAGAAAGACCGAUGAGGUGAUACAAAAAUACUUCCCCGGACUAAAUACUUCUCCAGUUAACCGUUGUUGCUUUGAGCUUUUCCAGAUGUGUGCCGAUUAAACACUACAAUGUCUUUUCCAAGAAAAAGGAAAGACUAGGUCAGGAAUAAGUUGGCAUUGUGCUCCCCAUGGGUCCAACAGUUUUACCAAAGUAUACAAGUAUAAGAGUAUAAAUAUUGGUUGAAAACCAUCAAAGUUGGAGCUUAAAAAAUGAAAAGACAUAAGAACGCAAGUGAAAACAUAAGCCCCUCACGAUGAGAUUAUCAGUGCUUCUAUUUUCUCUUUUAUGCGCAGUUUUGGCCUGUGCUGCUGAAGUUCGUCCACUGCUUCAUUUUACUCCAGAGAAAGGGUGGUUAAAUGAUCCUAAUGGAUUGUUUUAUGAUAGAAAAGAUGAUAUCUGGCAUAUUUACUUUCAAAGUAAUCCUAAAAAUCCUUUUUGGGAAAAAGAACUUCAUUGGGGACAUGCUACAUCUAAAGAUUUAACUAACUGGACUCAACAUGAAUCUGCAAUUAAUCCAUCUCACCGAGGUGAAGGUAUUUUAUCCGGGAGUGUUGUUGUGGAUCGUAAUAAUACUUCUGGUUUUUUCAAUGAUUCAGUCCACCCUGAACAUAGAAUUGUUGCUCUUUAUACAAGAAACCCGGGUCUUAUUGAAACACAAGAAGCUGCUUAUUCUGUUGAUGGUGGUUAUACUUUUACCAAAUAUGAAAAAAAUCCAGUUCUUGAUGUCAAAUCAUCCCAAUUCAGAGAUCCAAAAGUUAUGUGGCAUGAAGCUUCAAACCAAUGGAUUAUGACUGUUGUUGAAGCUCAAGAUUACCAAAUUCAAAUUUAUGGUUCUGAUGAUUUGAAAAAUUGGAAUUUCCACUCUAAUUUUAGUGCUGGUUAUCCCGGUUUCCAAUUCGAAUGCCCUGGUUUAUCUGAAGUCCCAAUUGCUGGUACCAAUGAAACAAAAUGGGUUUUGUUCCUUGCUAUCAAUCCUGGUGCUCCUUGGGGUGGUUCAGCCAGUCAAUAUUUUGUUGGUGAUUUUGAUGGGUAUGAAUUUAAGGCAAUUGAUUCAUUGACUAGAUUUGUUGAUAUUGGUAAAGAUUAUUACGCUUUACAAACUUUUAGUAAUGUUGAAAAAAAAGAUGGUGUUAUCGGUAUUUCUUGGGCAUCAAAUUGGCAAUAUGCAAACAAAGUUCCUGCUUCUAAUUGGAGAGGUAUGUUAGCUAUGGCUCGUAACUUCACUUUGGAUUAUGUUUCUGUCAACCCACAAAAGAAAUUAUUAAGUUUAGUAGAAUCUCCUAUUUUUGAAGCCAAUGUUUCUAAAACAUCAGAGAAAAAGAAUGUCAAGUUACAAAAAGGUGAUUCAAUUGAAUUUGAAACAAAAUCAGGUGUAUUUGAGUUUGAGUUGGAUUUCCAAACCAUGAAAAAUAUCACUUAUCCAGAACAACCUAAUUUAGACUUGUAUAUUACUUCUUCUAAUGGUAAAGAAUCCAUCCGUUUUGGGUUUGAAGCUGAUGUCGGUGCAUUUUACUUUGAUAGACCAACAAACGUUUUCCAAAACCCUUAUUAUUCAAAUGUUGUUACUGCUAAUAUUCAGCCUACUAAAAAAUACGAAUAUAACAUCUACGGUGUGGUUGACCAAAAUGUUAUCGAAUUGUUCUUCAUGAAUGGUACUACUUCUAGUACUAAUAUCUUCUAUUUCAGUGAUGGAAAGCCUUCUAAGGUUGAACUUAAAUCCAAUUACAAUGACUUAUUUAAAAUCCAAAAAUUCUCUCUUAGAGAUUUAUCUGUUUAA